CACUUUGGAUCGUGAAUUUCGCGGGAGUCUUGUUCUUGGAAAUGGUGUCAAUAUAUUUGGCUUGUCACUCUAUCUAGGAAACUUAUCUAUCCACCAAGCUCCUAUUGUUUUUCUGGACUCGUGUGACGAUUUGAAGGCACUGGAGAAUGCUAAAGGCAAGAUCGUGGUGUGUGAUGAUAAAAGUGGAGUCCUUGAAGAUCAAGUGUCCUAUGUGGGUUCGUCAAAUGUUGUUGCAGCAGUGUUCAUAUCAAGUACCAUUGACUUGUCAUUUUUCAUACAAAAUGGUUCUGCGGCCAUUGUUGUUAACCCUAAAAAUGGAGAAAUUAUCAAAGCUUACAUCAAGAAUAACUCUAGUGCAAAUGCAAGCAUGGAGUUUAAGAUAACAACUUUGGGUACUAAACCAGCACCGAGUGUGGAUACUUACAGUUCCCGAGGACCAUCAAAUAGUUGUCCAUUCGUGUUGAAACCAGACAUCACUGCUCCUGGUACAUCAAUAUUAGCAGCAUGGGCUCAAAGUCUACCAGUGGCAUUUUUUGGGUCCCAAAACCUUUUAAACAACUUCAACUUUUUAACUGGCACAUCCAUGGCAUGCCCACACGUGGCAGGCGUGGGAGCACUGUUAAAAGGAGCACACCCUGAUUGGAGCCCUGCAACAAUUAGAUCAGCCAUUAUGACAACAUCAAACAUAUUUGACAAUACUAAGGAACUCAUCAAGGACAUUGCUCAUGGUUACAAACCAGCCUCUCCUUUGGCCUUGGGAGCUGGUCAUAUUAACCCCAACAAUGCUCUUGACCCUGGACUUGUUUAUGAUGUGGGAGUUCAAGAUUAU